AUGUACUACGGCGCCCUCGUUUGGACUGUUAUCGCUAUUGUUUUAUUGGUCAUUCUCGCUCUCGUUCUGCGGUGGAAUGCACGAAGGAAAGCGAGACUUCGACAACAAGCACAAGUGCAAGAUAUCGAGCUGAACUUACCGGAUCAUCAUCCUACCGAUGUUCAACAAAUGACGGUGCCAAUAUGUCCGCAGCACCACUCCCACAUCAUUGUUGCUAACAAUGCAGGCAGUGACGGUAGAGGCCAUAAUAGCGUCCAUCCUGCUGCACUUCAUAGCCAUGGGGCAGUUACGCUACCGCCACCUGCAUAUCAUCAACGCAACAGCGAUCCACCUGUUGCAGACGAAGCACUAGAUAGCACUCAUUCAUGGCCACCAUCAUACAAGGAUCAUACAAGAGAUACUCGAUACCUGUAG